GGAUUGCUUUCCUGAAAGCCGUGAUGUCUUUCCGAACUGUGGAUCGAUUGCGUGGACUGUCGACGACAGCUUUUUCGAUCCGAAACACGCUUUGCGAUGACCAUCCCUGUCGUCUCAUGACUGGCCACCGUCCUGCAGCAGCCGCCUUCCCCAACCUGAGCCUUGACUCUUUGAGGAACGCAAUCUCGCCAAGCAGCGGUCUCCCUGACCACUGCCCUGGCCUUGGCAUGCUCUGGGCUAAACAUCCUGGUCGGCGCUCAUUUCGCUCCUUUUCCAUUUCCACUCUACCCCAUCGCUCGCCCUGCCGCUCAUUCAUGACCCAACUCUCCUCCUUCGGUUCAUCCCUCUCUUGAACUGUUUGGUCUCAUCACUCGUUUCCCGCUUUCGAAGCCCGCACACUCUUUUGCGACGGCGAUUCCAUCCAACAGAGAGUCUUUAGCUCUCUCCCACAUUCCUUUGGAACAAACCAACGAAUAAACCAGGAUGAAAGGGAUCAUCAAGACCGCGGUUGCGGCAGCCGUCUUCGCCGGCGUUGCUGCCCAGCCGCACAUCCACGGCCACGGCCACCGUCAUCUCCAUGGCAAGAGCCACGAGCACUCUCCAGCAAAGCGAGACACCGUGGUCAUUACCGAAGUCGUCGAGGGCCCUACUGUUGUCAAGUAUGUGAACGAGAAAGGGGAGGAUGUUGAUGCCGACGAGGCAGAGGAGGGCAUCUCCAAGGGCCUCUUUAUCGUGAUGGGCUCUUCGACGCCGAGUUUCAGCGCACCUCCUCCUGCGGCUUCGACCUCUUCGUCUGGCCCCGAGUACGGUGCCCAGUUUUACGAGAAGUCUAGUUCGGUCGCGCCAACUACUACUUCGUCAACCCCGCCGGCAACUUCCACCGCCGCGCCUCCUCAGGAGACGCAGUACCCUACCGGGCUGGAUGCUGAUUUCCCGAGCGGCAAGGUCCCGUGCGACAAGGUGCCGACCGAGUAUGGUGCCAUUGAGAUCCCGUGGGUUGGCACCAACGGUUGGACGACGCUUGCCAAGUUCGGCAAGUGGAUCAAGGGUGUUGCGAUUGACAACAUCGAGUCGCCUAUCUCGGGAACUUGCCAGCCCGGGAUGAUGUGCUCGUAUGCGUGCCCCGCGGGCUACCAGAAGACGCAAUGGCCCGAAGAGCAGGGCGCUACCGGCCAAUCCGUUGGCGGUCUCUGGUGCAACGAGGACGGCAAGCUCGAGCUCACGCGGCCCUCGCACACCAAAAUAUGCGAGCCGGGUGUGGGCGGUGUCUAUAUCCGAAACGAGCUCUCGACUAACGCUGCCGUCUGCCGUACCGACUACCCUGGCAACGAGGCCAUGGUCAUUCCCCUCGACACGUAUCCCGGCAAUGAGUACACCCUGACGAACCCGGACUCCUCGGACUACUACGUGUGGCAGGGCAAGCCCACGACUGCCCAGUACUAUGUCAACAAUGCCGGCGUUGCGGUCGACCAGGCCUGCGUGUGGAACAGCGCCCAGUUCCCCGACUCUGCCGGCAACUGGGCGCCCACAAACAUCGGCGUUGGCAAGAGCAAGGAUGGCAUCACUUACAUCUCCAUCUUUCCCAACGCGCCCACUAGCACUGCUGUCCUUAACUUUGAUAUCGAGAUCACCGGCGAUAUCUCGGGGACAUGCUCUCUAAAGAAGGGCGUGUACUCGGGCAACAACGGUUGCACGGUUGGCAUGAGGGCGGGCGGCAAGGCUACCAUCGUCUUCAAGCACAGCUCUUGAACAUGACGACCGAUGACUUUCGUGGUGUUUUCUUCAUUCCUCCGACAUCGCUGCGGGCUCAUGGCGACGGCUUGUGCAGAGCUCGAGGCAUCAAAUCUCUCUCGAGUUGGACAAUGUGACGGCCAUGGAGAGCAAUGGAUUUAGAGUCGCAUUUAAUGUUUGAAUGUCUAUAAUCGCAAUUUGACAUGGAGACUUUGGUUGGCGGUUUGUUAUAUAUACCACUUCCUUCAGGCUCGGACUCGCGGCUCGCAUUUCAUUGGGGACGGGCUCAGUCUCGACCGAGCUGCUUCUUUCUAGGGGGCCGUUUGCAGGGCCCCAUCAGAUGCGUUCCUUGCAUGUUCUUAGGGUUCUUACAUUCCUUAUCUGGCGUACUCGGAG